GUGAUGCUGGCCAUUGGCCAAAGUGAGCGGUGCGUCAUCUCCUUCAAUCACGGAUCGAAUCGCCCCCCCCCCGCACACACACACACACACGCACCAUCACCACCCGCCGACCGAGGCCCGGGAGAUGCUCCUGUGAAGAGCCUGACAGGCAGGCCGGAGUGGGACCGAUCAGAGUUGCUCGACCCGAGUCUGCGCGAGGAGACGAUGCGCGGGCGGCAGUCGCGAUGAAUUCCUACCAAGAGUUCGCGUGCGGCGGGGACCCGGGCGCCCAGGCCGCCGGCGGUUACCCAGCGGCGGAGGUGAGGCUCCAGCACUUCGACCAGAGACCGCUUCCUAAAGCCGGCUGUGGGGGCGAAGGGCGCUACGUGGUGGGCGCGGGGUUCCCCUCACCUUUCUCCCCCGACAAGCCCUCUCCUCCGCCUGCCCGCGACUUCUCCACCACCUGCGCUUUCCACGCGGGGAGCCUGCAGGUCGCCUUAGGUCCCGGGACACCUGCUAGAGCCGCCUUCUCGCACGGCCAGGGGUACCCCUCCGCACCAGCCUACCUCCGGCACCCCUACCGGAACCCCCCCGACCUGGACUACUACAGCGGGGCCGCCUACACGUCCAGCGCCGACCUCCCGGCGAGCUUCUCCGGGCUGCUCUCCGGCUUGGGGCCGCUCGACCAGCACCCCCAGGCGUGCGCUCAGGAAGGGGCCGAACCGGCCCUGGCGGGCGGGGCGAGUCCGCGGCCGGGCGGCGGAGGCGACGGGGGGCCCUGCAGCAGCAGCAAAACUUUCGACUGGAUGAGAGUGAAGAGAAAAGCGCCCCGCGCAGCCAAACGCUUGCCUGGGGGCUGCGCCGUCAGCUACCUCGCGCUGGGACUGGGCCCGAGCGGCGGAGACCCCAGCGGCCUCGCGCAAGGCUGUCUCCAGGGCAACGGAGCUCCGAGAACCAACUUCAGCACCAAGCAGCUGACCGAGCUCGAGAAGGAGUUCCACUUCAACAAGUACCUGACGCGCGCCCGGCGCGUGGAGAUCGCCACGGCGCUGCAGCUCAGCGAGAACCAGGUGAAAAUCUGGUUCCAGAACCGGCGGAUGAAGCAGAAGAAGAGAGAGCGGGAGGGCCUGGUCCUGGGUGCUCUGCCCUCCCCCUGCAGCAGCCAGGAGGACUCCCCCUCGGACAAGUCCGACCUCUGCUCCUCGCCCGCUCCUUCACCUCCGCCGCCGCCGCCGCCCCGAGCGCGCACAGUCACCGGCUCCCCGGCGGCCUCCUCGCAGCCCGAGGUUUGUGCACAAGUCCCCGUAGCCACGCCUGACUCGGCGUGAAUUCGUUCGGCCGCUCGCGCGUAAAGGGAACCGUGCGGGGAGCGGACAUCCUCGUCUUUCCUUUCCCCGUCAUCACGGGUCUCUUGUCCUCUCCGCGCACGGUCCGUCCUCUCCUCUCCGGCACGUCCCGGGGGGAGGGGGGGGCGGGGCAACUAAACGGCGAGCGGAAACCGUACGCGAACGCAACAGGAAGUGGUUGGACAAAAUGUAGCUUCUUCUGUAUUUAGGAAAAACAAAAACGCACACUUCGUCAGAUUCGCGUUCAGAGAACUCUCCUUGAGAGUUUUACGUGGUAACCGGUUAGGUAAGGCGACUCUCUCCUGAUCCGGCCCUCUGUUUU